AUGGACUUUGAUGAACAGGACUUCCAAUUAACUUCAGAAUUCCAAACCCAAGAGGUGUUCGAAACAUCCGACACCGAGUUUGUCGAUAAUACCCUAUCGACCCCAUAUAAAGUGAUAGAUGACCCAGACGUAUCAAAUGAGCCACAAGUCUAUGAAACAACAAAAGAAAGAUUCCUCAAUGAGAUCGUGUCAAAUAAUUUGACCGAUUUUAGUGAUCGAAUCACGUCAGCUUACCACAGAACACUUCUUACUGGUAGGGUCAAGGAGACCACCGACCAAAGACUACUGCGCAUACAGAACGAAUUAUACGAAAUCCAGCAACAGAAAAAGAAUGAUACUACUAUUGAAGGCGCAAAGCAAUCGGACAGGUCUGAAGAACUUUUGCAGAUGGUUCAAAGUUUGGAUUUGAAGGACACAGCGGAACAGGGUCCAUUUAGGUAUCCAACUGAUGAUUCUCUUCGCCUUGAUGAUAUCGAGUUCAAAAAGUCAGAAAUUCCAAAGGAUAACGAGACAUUAUCCAAACUCAUAAACUUAGACCACGAAGUGGCCGAACUUGAAAAAACAAUAGGAUUUCAUGACGACUCCAAUCUUCCAAUUACUCUCACAUUGUCAAACAUAAAUAAGAAAUUAGCACUUUUGCAAGAUCCAGAGGGACUAGACUCAGUGAGAAAACAACUCACUGCAUUGAAUGAAGAAGCAGAACGAGUUAUAAACUCUUCAAAGAAAGCAGAGCGGGAAAAGAGGCUGUUUGAGCCAUCAGAAGAGUCAGGUUCCCCAGCCAUAAACCCUAUACUAGAAGCCAAAAUCCACAAACUAUACGAGAAGAUAACCAGUUUGCCAAGGUAUGAGAAAGCACUUCCCUCGAUCAUUGACAGGCUGAAAACCUUCCAAACUAUCCAAGUUGAAGCUCAGUCAGCAGUUGAGUUCUCCAAAUCCCUGAAAUCUAACCUCGACUUGAUGAACUCAGAAAUGAAACAAUGGGAAACCACCUUAGACAAACUAGAAAAAGAGUACGACAAUACUGAGAUACUUUUUGAGCAAAACAAGAACGAUAUGGAUCAGAUGAUUAACGAAAUGGACCAAAGGUUGUCCCUUCUAGAGAGCAAACUAGACUAA